GUCUUAGAAUCUUAUGAAACAAAAUAUUUAUUUUGUCAGAUGGUUUUAAAAAGGCAGUAGUCAAGAACUCAUUAAUAUUUUGUGAACUGGUAUUUACCCAGUGCUGUCACUAGAGUAUAGUUUUCGUUAUUCUUCUUGAUAGAACAGGCUAUCUCCUUUAGGAAGUCAUCAUUGUUUUCCACAAGACAGAAUGUGCCCUUUUCCACAAACACAUACUUGUUUAUUACAUGAUAGAGAUGACUGCAAUAUUGACCUAAUUGAUUUGCCAAGAACAAUCUUCCUUAAGUGGAGUUUUCCACUUAGAUUAAAUUAACUUUGGUGAAUAGAAGCUAUCCCACCUGGGAAUUCUGAGAUACUGUAUAGUGCAAUAUAUCUGACAGGGAGGUUGGCUUACUGUUAUCAACAAUGACAAAUAUACAUGAAUAGCUACUGUUUUUAGAAGAACAAGUUGAACAGAGGUUAGAGAAGGACAUCCACCUGCACAAUGAGUUGGAAGCUUAAGAAAUUCGUUCUUCCUGUCCUAGAAUAGCAUCACCCCGGAGGUACAUGUGGCUCCCACUCUCCAAGUGUUCCGGAAGGCCCUUAAGAUCUGGCUCUGCUCCCAGGCUGCAUUUGGGGUCCUGAUGGAACCACUGUUGUGUUUGGUUAAUAUUAUGGUUGUUUUCAUCUCUGGGCAGUUAAGUUUUGUUAUAUUUUAAACUGGGUUUCAGUUAUAUAUUUGAUUUUUUUGUAAGUUGCCCAGGAUCCUUGUAGAAUCAGAUGGCCUUAAAAAAAUAAAAUAGCUUAGUGAUUUUUCUCCUUUUGCAAUUGAAAAAAUGUCCAAGUUGUAUCAGAAUUUUUUCCUGGUUAACACCAUUCUAAGAGAUCUCUAUAUGUCCUAUAUGUAGAGACCUCUAUAUAUAGGGAGGUUUAAAUUUUUUUCAGGCUGUAGAACUUGUUAAAAAAAAAAUCUCAGAAUUCCAAAUUAAGAGACAAACUGUAGUGACAGAGAACUGGUUGUGUUUCAUUGAAGUUUAUUAUUAUUACUUUUUUGCCCUUAUUUUCCCCCAUCAGCUUACGUGGAACUCCAUUCAAUUUUUGAAAAACCCUAGGUUUGCUCAGAACAGUUUAUAAAACCCUGCUAGGAAUUAGCAACCAUUUCACUGCAUUUUAGAAAGGGAAUAUUCCUGCAGAGGUGGUCCUCAAGUUGCAACUGUAAUGGAGCCUGCCUAUUACAAUUAAAGUCAUGACAGUUGUAAAGUGGGUCAGCCAUUUUUUUAAAUGAUCUUUUUUCCAGCAAUCGCUACCAUGGUUAAGCAAACCUAUGGUUCGUUAUAUGCCAGUUUUGCCAAAACCGUUGUAAAACAUGGUCAUAUUACUGUGGGACACUGCAAAUGACUGUAAAUGCCAAGCACCUGAAGUAUGGUUGUUUUCACAGGGGGAAUGACUGUGAAAAUUUUGAAUCUGAGUUGUAAGUGCCCUGCCCAGAUAGGUCUGUUGUAACUUCAAACAGUUGCUUAGAGACCAGCUGUAAAUCAAGGAUUACUUCUACUCAUAAUUUUUUUCUGCCUCUUGAUGUUUCAUACCUCUCUUUUUACACAAUAUUUUAACCAAUUAGGACAGAUCUUUCCCCAUUCAAUUGAGUGUAUGUAGAAAGAGGUUUGAUGGCUAGAUACUUUCUGAUUUGCCAGCUAGACUUCUGAUGUCAGAGAUGGAGCAUGUCACUUGACUGGAUAAAACAACAGUCAACUCCCCUAAGGGGCUGGCCUUAGCUGUCUAUAUUUUCUAUAAAACUGGGAAACUAUUACUCCAAAACUAAACAAACAGAAUACUCUAUCUGGAAGCAUCAAAAUAAAGGGACAAAACAUUGUCAAGAUAUCGUCUUUGAAAUGAAUCUUCCCUAUGUUCUAAAACGCAGGAUCAUGAUUAAGCAGACAAGAAAUACAUGGAAAUUUCCAGGAGGCUUGUCUGAACCAGGUGAAGACAUUGGGAAUACAGCAGUUCGAGAAGUUUUUGAAGAGACAGGUAUAACAUCUGAAUUCAAGUCUAUUCUAAGCAUGCGACAGCAACAUGGGCAACCUGGAGCCUUUGGGAAAUCAGAUAUGUACAUAAUCUGCCGUCUGGAGCCUUCUUCUUUCCGUAUUAAUUUCUGCCAGCAGGAGUGCCUAAGAUGUGAAUGGAUGGACCUAACAGACCUUUCCAAGACAAAAGAAACUACUCCAAUCACUAGUAAUAUAGCUAGAUUACUUCUCUAUGGAUAUCGGGAAGGGUUUGAUCAAAUCGAUAUAUCUAUGAGAGAAUUCCCAGCUAUGUAUACAGGUCUUUUCUAUAAGUUGUAUCACAGAGAGCUGCCAGAAAGUUAUAGAAAUGUGACAGAUAUGCAGUAAAAUUAAUAUUCUUUGUAAUCAAAAAUUAUUUGAAAUCAAAA